CAAUCCCAACCCCCACCCACCAUCCCCCCAUCCCACCCCCCACCCCCCAAUCCCCCAAUCCCACCCCCCCACCCCCCAAACCCCCCAAUUCCAUCCCCCACCCCCACCCCCCCAUCCCACCCCCCACCCCCCCAACCCCCAAUCCCAUCCCCACCCCCCGCUAACCCCCCCAAUCCCAACCCCCACCCCCACCCCCCCAUCCCACCCCCCACCCCCCCAACCCCCAAUCCCAUCCCCACCCCCCCUAACCCCCCCAAUCCCAACCCCCACCCCCACCCCCCAUCCCACCCCCCACCCCCCCAACCCCCAAUCCCAUCCCCACCCCCCGCUAACCCCCCCAAUCCCAACCCCCACCCCCCAAACCCCCCAAUCCCAUCCCCACCCCCCCUAACCCCCCCAAUCCCAACCCCCACCCCCAACCCCCCAUCCCACCCCCCACCCCCCCAACCCCCCAAUCCCAUCCCCACCCCCCCUAACCCCCCCAAUCCCAUCCCCACCCCCCCUAACCCCCCCAAUCCCAACCCCCACCCCCCAAACCCCCCAAUCCCAUCCCCACCCCCCAUCCCCCCAAUCCCAUCCCCCACCCCCCAACCCCCCAAUACCAUCCCCCCACCCCCACCCCCCAUCCCCCCUGACCCCCAGCCACCCCCCCCA